CCAUCACCUUCCCAUCUUCACCCUCCUCCAUCACAUGUGCAGAGCUCCGAGCGUUCUACUCCCCUCCCCUCUCCUCCUCUUCCCUUCCAGCCUCCUCCUCCUCUCCCGGUCCGUGGUGCGCGUGUCUUGGUUUGUGUGUAUGUGUUUCUCUCUCCCUCGGUGUGUGAGUGUCUGUUUAUGUGUGUGAGAGCGGGCUUCCGAGUGUCCGCUGGUCAGUAAGGUGGGGGAGCAGGCAGCCGGGCCGCUGUCGCUGCCACUGCCGGCUCCACCCAGAGAGCUGUUCUCUGUCGCAAUAUGCCUCCGCUGCCCUCUGGCUUUUCGCCAUGUCGAGGAUUUGCGGGAGCUUUCCCUUCACUCUGCUUCUAGGUCUGGCCGCCGUGCUGCUGAAAGGGCGGCUUGUCCCUGCAGCCUCGAGAGCAGAGCCCAGCCGCUCUGACUUAAGCCUGAUCCAGCAGCAGCAACAGCGGCAGCAGCAGCAGCAGCAGCAGCAACAACAGCAGCGGGAGGAGGAGGAGGAGGACAGGCCAGAGGUGCCCGGAGCAUCCUCUACCCUAUCUAGUUCAGUAUCUCUAUUUUUGCUGAAAGUCCAUGUGAAUGAUAUCAUCAGUCGUCAGUAUCUACGCCAAGCAAUUGUAGAAGUGUAUGUGAACUACACAAAGACAAAUUCUACUGUAACUGGAAACAAUGGAGCAGUGUUAAUAAAAGUUCCCUAUAAAUUAGGUGUCAGCUUGACUAUCACUGCUUACAAAGAUGGUUACUUAUUAACACCAUUACCCUGGAAGACCAGAAAAAUGCCAAUAUAUUCAUCAGUGACACUUUCACUGUUCCCUCAAAGUCAAGCUAAUAUAUGGCUAUUUGAAGAUACUGUUUUAGUUACGGGAAAAUCGUCUGAUGCCAAAUCUCAACCAAGUGUGCAGUUUCCAAAGGGUUUAAUUAAACUUCCCAGCAGCCAUCAUAUUAAUAAUGUCACGGGCUAUCUUACAGUGCUACAACAGUUUCUGAAAGUAGACAACUUUCUUUACACAACAGGAAUUCUUCUUAAUAAAUCAGGUUUUAAAAGUAUUGAAUUGACUCCUCUUGCUGCAAUAUGUGUGAAUAUAUAUUCUGGUGGAAAAGAACUAAAUGUGGAUGGCUCCAUUCAAAUUACUCUCCCCCUCCUAGACCCAACCACUGCAAAGUCAGGGGAUGCUCUACCUGCUUGGACAUUUGAUAUGAAAACCGGUGCUUGGGCAAAUCGUGGCUUGGGAAUGGUUAAGAAAUUUAAUGACCAUUUAGUGUGGACAUAUAUAGCUCCACAUUUAGGCUACUGGAUUGCAGCACCACUUCCUGGAAGCAGAGGUUCAUUUGUAAGUGAAGUCUCCAAGGAUAUCACUGCCUACCACACUGUAUUUCUGACAGCCAUAUUGGGAGGUACAGUCAUCAUUCUAAUUGGCUUUUUUGCUGUUCUUCUUUGUUAUUGCAGGGAUAAAUGUGGUGGAUCACAUAAAAGGGAAAGAAAUGCCACUAGACUUGAGGUUCUUAAGAAAGACCAGACCACAUCAACAAGUCACAUAAACCAUGUAAGUUCAGUGAAGGGUUCAUUAAAAGUUGAGGACAGAUUACAGUUGUACCACUCUAAGAAUUCUCCAUACAGUUCUCGCAAAUUGGAUUCUACAAAGUUAGAACCUGAAGACAGAGUCUCUACAGUGAAAACUCGGGACAGUUUUAAAAUGUACAAUGAAGAAGUUUCAUUUUUGGCAGCCAAUCAGAAAAGUCAUUCAAGAAACUCAAGUCAGUCUUUAGAGCACAAUGCUGCAUCCAGACAGACAGUACAACCAAAACGCAAUAAUAGCAAUGUUUCUCCAUCUACAGGUGAUAUUCAAGAACAAAACAGGUAUAUUUCAGUAAAUGAAGAAAUAUAUGGGCUUUCUCAUAUACCCGAACAACUGAUGCAUAUCUACAGCCAGCCAAUAGCUAUCCUUCAAACAUCUGACCUUUUUCAUUCUCCAGAACAGAUACAUUCUGCUAAGUCAGCUACUUUGCCAAGAAAGGGACAGGUAGUCUAUGGCCAACUGAUGGAGCCAGUAAACCGAGAAAACUAUACCCAGACAUUACCCAAAAUGCCAAUACAUUCUCAUUUGCAGCCCCCUGCCACAAGAGAGGAGAAAGUUACACCUGAAGUUCAACAAAGCUUACCUUCCCAAACUUCUGACUGGAGUAGAUAUUCUAAUAGUUUAUUAGAAUCAGUCUCUGUUCCAGGGACAUUGAAUGAAGCUGUUGUAAUGACUCCAUUUUCAUCAGAACUUCAAGGCAUUUCAGAACAGACAUUGUUAGAAUUGUCCAAAGGAAAGCCCUCACCACAUCCCAGAGCCUGGUUUGUUUCUCUGGAUGGAAAGCCAAUUGCUCAAGUGAGGCAUUCCUUUAUAGAUCUGAAGAGGGGGAGAAGAACCCAAAGUAAUGACACCAGUCUAGACUCUGGAGUGGACAUGAAUGAGCAUCACUCUAAUCGAAAACUUGAGAGGGAGAAAACAUUCAUCAAAAGCAUGCAUCAACCUAAGAUUCUUUAUUUAGAAGAUUUAGAUCUCAGCAGCAGUGAAAGUGGAACCACUGUUUGCUCUCCUGAGGAUCCAGCUUUAAGGCACAUUCUAGAUGGAGGGAGUGGGACAAUCAUGGAGCAGCCUAUGGAAGAGUCACCAAGAAGAAAAAACAUAGCUGAAGAUUUGGAAGCCAGUAUGUCCCCUACUAAAAAAAGAGGCAGAACCCCAUUGGCAAAAAAAGAUAGUAAAACUAAUAUCUGGAAGAAGAGAGAGGAAAGACCACUUAUUUCCAUAAAUUAACCCAUUAAGAUGAUCACUUUACCUGAUAGCUACAGAGCUGUCUUAACUCUUGUUAAAUGGAAUGUGAAUUCUGUAAAGAGCAAAUGAGGCUGAGCUAUUUCUUAGUAACAGGUAUAGUUCAAGGUAAGAACUGAAGCUAUGACUUCAAAGGAGUAACAGAUGAAAAAUGUACAAUAUUAAUUUCCUACUCAGAAAAAAAAAGCACUGAGGAAAGCUUUGUUGCCAAUAUCUUUUACUUUCUGAUUGUUUUCUUUUGUUAGUGAUGAGUUUGAGGAAGUUCAAAUUAUAAAAUAGCCUCAAUGUAUUCGUAUUGCAGGCACUCUGCUGAGACUGACAAAUGUGUGCUCCAUAAGUGAUUCCCAAAAUGUUACCCUUGCCUGGAAUUACUAUCCAUAACAUUUAAAAAUAGUUCCUUCUGAAAUCGUUGCUUUCUUGUAAAAUUCCCACAGCCCUAUCAUCUUGUUCUCUAUCUAUGCUUUGAAAUAUAAUGAUAAAUGUUUUGGACUGAUAUUAUUCUAGAGUUUAAAAGUGAGACAUAAUUUUCUUUAGUGUGAUUAACACUAUGUAUAGUGUAUCAUUCCUCAAACUAAUCCCACCCCUAAUUCACCUAAGUUGGGUCAGUGAUUACUUCGUAGAAUUUGCUUAGAGAGGGAAAUGCCCUGUAUUUUGAUAAUUGAAAAUAACCAUUAUGAUUAUUCUUUCUCUUUUUCUCUUGAUGAAUGAAUUGAGGUAAAUGUCAAGGAGUUUUUUUUCCCCCAAGCAGUUUCAAAUGGAAUUUCUUUUCCAAAUUGAGUUUCUUUCCAAGCAAUUUCAAGUUGAAUUUUUUUUUUUUACUAUGUUUAUUUCCUCAAUGAUAAAAAUGAGUUUCUGAAAGAAUGUAUUAUUUAAGCUCCUUCAAACUCAGCCAUCACGAGAUAGUCAAGUUAUAGUCUCAACCAAUGAAAAGCUUUUCAUGAACACAAGAAAUUUAACUUAAAAUUUUAUUUAAAAGAAGAAAAUAAUCUUUUGAAAUACUAUGGAAAAACUAAUUUUCUCAGAGUGGGAUAUUGUGUCUUGGCUAACAGAAAAAUGUUACUGUUUUCCAUAUACUCUAAAAAUAUCCUUAACAUAUUAGUUAUGUAUUCAAAACAUUUAGUUGAUAUUUAUCAAAUGUGCUUAAAAAUUUCACAAUAGUGAAGGCAUUUUCAUCCUGAAUCAUCAAAAGUCCAAAAUAUUUUUGAAAUGAUAUCACCAUUUUAGAAGUAUCAUAUUAAAAUGCCUUUUAUUCUUUGAAGGAUUUAUGCUGCAGUAUGAUAGAACAACUGUUUUGUAGCUAGCCCAAGCUAUCUUUUAAUUUAGUUCUCAGCCAUCAUAAAAUUAGAUGAUCUAUGUUAAGUACCGUAAAUUGAUCUUUUUUUAAUUUCCUGAGAUGAUAAAAUAUCUGAAAUCUCCUUUUCUCUAAGAUAACAAAAAACUCAAAUUUUGUUGGCUUCUUGGUUCUAAAUCAUGUCAGUUAACAUUAGAGUAAAUAGAGAAACAACCCAGCAUUGACUCUGUGACAAAAUAAGGAAGGGAAAUAAAAAAAAAAUAAUAAUAAAAGCAAUGCUAAGGAAAUCAAUGAAGGAUAACAGAAGUCUGAUGCUUAUAACUUUAAAUAUGAAUGAACUAGACAAUCCAACAAAAUAAAAAUAUGGCAGAAUGGAUAAGGACCUUUAUUAAAUUUAUAGACUUAAAUGAAAUGGGCAACAUUAGCUUAUGUCUUAGAAUGAUACAUUUCCAGAUUUAUCUCCACUUUUGACCAACUUUCUGAUAACAAUUUUAUUUUGAUAUAUUUUCCUGAAUAACAAAGCUCUUGGAAGACACGUGGAAUCAGUUUUUAUCAUAGAUAUUGUUUCAACCAGUUCAAGAGUUAAUUGCCUUGGAUAAUCCUUAAACUUAAGUUUUAGAAUAGACUAACAUCUACAACUAGUGAAUGUUCAUCAUUUGUCACUCAUUUGGAAAAUGGCAUGAAAAAAGGACAAGGAGUUAAAACUAUGCUGAAGUGCCUUUAAUAUAGAUAUAUUUUAUCAGAAGAACACAACAAAAUAUUAAAAAUGUAUUUGUUUUUUCUGUUAGCCAAAAUAUCAUCACUCAACUGGGAAUUUUCUUUCUUUUUUUUAAAGCUAAUUUUAAAAAAAGACAAAAUCUAAUGUUUCAUGUUGGAACAGUGAAUUUUCCAUGUAGGUAAUAUUUAACUCCCCUUUCUUGUAUUCUCUGUGCUUAUUUUUUUCUGGUCUAAUAAAUGUUGACAGAUUGUUCAUAUUGGAAUGAAGUUUAAAAUUAUACAUAAAAUUGCAUCUAUUCAAUCAUUUGAGCAGAAUUAUUUUUCCCUUUUUUAGACAAAAAAUCUAAUUUUCCAUUUUAGCAACAGGUUGACUCAACAUAAGGCUGUCUGGGUGAACUUAACUCAGGACCAGAGUAUUUUGAAAGGACACACCAGGCAGACUAUCAUUCAGAUCGUUCAUUUGUUUGUAAGGGCAAGGAGGAUAAAAAAUCAAGGACCUUUCUUGAAAGGCUAUCUGUUUUGGAGAUGCAUUUUCUUUUAUUUUUUUUUAGAUACCCUGCCCAUUUUGUUCUGAGUUUAAAUUUUGGCAGCUUAUUUUUGUUAAAGAUCUUGGUGAUAUAUUCAUUUUAAUGAUAAAGGCAUUGUAAUUUUUCAUUUGAAAGCAAUCCAUAUUCUCCUGUUAAAAAACAAAAUAAAAGAAAAAAAGACAAGCCUGAAGCCAUCUACUCUUUCUUCAAAUGACAAAAAGUCAAUCCCACAUAUGAUACUUAAAACUUUCUCAAUAUUUUAAAUGGAAAAUCUCCAGGGAGUUAUUAAUUUUGGUCAUACUAUUAACAUUUCCUGAACAUUUGUACAUACUUCAGAUAUAUCUUUAACAAAUAAACUAUCCCUCAAUUAACUGAUGGAUCCACUUAAUAAGCACAGUAAUAUGUAUUGUUUUGAUACAUAUUAUGAUCUUGAGCCUUUAUAAAAUAUAUUUUUACAACAUUUUUGAAGUUGAAUGGGGGAUUAGGCCCUUUUUAAUGCACAAUAAAGCAUGAUGAAGCUUACCAAAAUCUCAGAAAAAAAAAAACCAAACAAAAAAUAGUUCCUUGCUUUGGAAAUCAUUUUCAAAACAUUGUGUGUGAUGGAACCCUCUUACAAUAUGGCUCAUUAUUACAAAGAUUGGGACAUAUGAUGGGUCCUUUUAUUUGACCCAUCAUAAUUGUAUCAUAUAAUAAAAGCCUGAUAUAACAUGGUUUGGUCAACCACACCCAUGUUAAAAAAAAUAAAAGGUUUCACUGUCCUUCCAUUUCAGACCUAGUACUGAUGUUAUGAAUCCUACUUUCUAAGUGUUUCUAUCUUUUGUAUUUUUAUCAUAAGUGUCUUUUCACAUUUCAGUGUAUUUAUUAUAAAUAAUAUUGUAUUGAUAGUAAAAUGGUAAUUGAAGAUUUGUAAAAUGUCAAGCAGUUCAUUAAAGACAAUAAAAUAACAUGAAAAAAAUUA